AUGAUAACCCAAUGUACUAUGAACGAGUUGUAUAAAACCAAAAACCAAGAGGCAAUUGAUCUGGCCAAAACAUUCGAGAGAAGACGUUGUAACCAUAGGUUUAAGCCCAAGGAGCAGGAAAGAGAUGAAAAUAACGACGAAACCAAAGACGAAGGAAAGAAAAAGAAUGACGACGAUGGUCCAAAGAGUGCAUUUGAUUGCUUGACCAGUGUAGUCAACGUAAAAGGCAAAAAUGUUCACCGCUACGUGGUUGCCACUCAAAAGUCUGGACUGAGAUCCUAUUUUAGGUCGAUUCCUGCUGUACCUUUAAUUUAUAUGAAAAGAUCUGUCAUGAUCAUGGAACCUAUGUCCCCAAUCACUGUGCGUGCUCGAGAACUUAUUGAGAAAUCAAAACUUUCACAGGGUUUGAAUGAUCCUACCACCAACUUAAAGCGCAAACAAGAAGAAAGCGGUGAUGAGGAAAUUAGUGAAAAUGGGAACGACCAACCAACUAAGAAAAAGCGAAAAGGUCCAAAGCAGCCCAAUCCGCUGAGCAUGAAGAAGAAAAAGAACCCAACCCUUUCAAAUAUCAUUACCGCUGAAACUUCCGAAAGCUCGGAAAACUCGAAAAAGAAGCGAAGAAGAAAGCAUCACUCAUCUGGAGUUAAUGCUGCUACGAACGGUACUGAGGCGGUUGUCGAGCCUACUCCAGCCUCUCCUGCAUCCUAA